CAAUUAAGAGGAUAUCAACAGGCCACAUCUUUCUCCCAGCAAAGUUAAAUUCGAUGCCCACUAUGCCACUAUAUAUGAACAAAUUCCUGGCCAUCUCUUUCCAUUCUCUCCUCACAUCAUCUUGAUAGAUUUUUUUUUUCACUCAAUGGAAGCAAGAAAGAACCUAAACCAGAACCAAAAUUAGGAGUCAAAAACACAUUGGCUGAAAGGUCCAGCUUGUCCCAUUGAUCUCUCUUCACUGAAAUCCAAAGAAACCAAUCUAGGAGUACUAUCUAGCUUGCUGCAAUGGAGAAGAGAAGGUUUCUUGGAGUGUGCUUGCUUGUGGCAGUGUUGGUGUUGCGGGCGGCGGUGCUCGGCCGUGGUGACGACGGCGGCGGCGGCGGCCGGCUGCUGGACCCGGGCAAGCUGGAGAUGUUCGUCGACGAGCUGCCGGACAUGCCGAGGAUGCGCGGCUACGGCGUGGCGGAGGGCGGCAAGCUCGUCGCCGGCAACCUCACCAUCGGCAUGUACGAGACCAUGUGGAAAUUCCACCGCGACCUUCCGGCGACGCGAGUCUUCGCCUACGGGACCAGCAAGGAGACCGCCACGGUGCCGGGCCCCACCAUCGAGGCCAUGCAGGGUGUCCCCACCUACGUGACGUGGACCAACCACCUCCCGCCACGUCACUUCCUCCCGUGGGACCCCACCCUCACCGCCGCGGCACCUGGCAGCGGCGUCCCCGCCGUCGUCCACCUCCACGGCGGCGUGCAGCACUCCGGCUCCGACGGGCACUCGCUCGCCUGGUUCACCGCCGGCUUCGCCGCCACCGGGCCGCGCUUCUCGUCGCCGGCGGCGUACGAGUACCCCAACCAGCAGCCUCCCGGCAACCUCUGGUACCACGACCACGCCAUGGGGCUCACCCGCGUCAACAUCCUCGCCGGCCUCCUCGGCGCGUACCGCGUGGCCUCCCCGGCGGAGGAGGCGGCGCUCAACCUCCCCUCCGGCGAGGCGUUCGACCGCAACCUGGUGCUGUUCGACCGCGACUUCCUCGCCGACGGCUCGCUGUUCAUGAACCGCACGGGGAACAACCCGAGCGUGCACCCGCAGUGGCAGCCGGAGUACUUCGGCGCCGUCGUCGUCGCCAACGGCAAGGCGUGGCCGUACCUCCGCGUCCGCCGCCGCCGCUACCGCCUCCGCAUCCUCAACGCCAGCAACGCGCGCUUCUUCCGCCUCUCCCUCUCCGGCGGCCUCCGCUUCGUUCACGUCGCCUCCGACUCCGUCUACCUCGCCAGGCCGGUGCCCACCCGCGCGUUCCUCCUCGCGCCGUCCGAGAUCGCCGACGUCGUCGUCGACUUCGUCGAGUCCGGCAACGCCACGGCGAUCGUCCUGCGGUCCGACGCCCCGGCGCCGUACCCCGGCGACCCAGGCGACAAGGCGGAGACCGUGCCGGUGAUGAAGUUCGUGAUCGACGACGACGACGACGCGUUGUCGACGGAGCCGGACACGUCGAGCGUGCCGGCGAGGCUGACGUCGCCGUCGCAGUACGCCAAGCCGGACGCGAGGGAGGCGGUGCUGAUGCGGCGGAUCGCCAUGUACGAGUACACCAAGGAGGGCACCGACGAGCCGACGCACCUGUACCUGAACGCGAGGUCGUACAUGGACCCGGUGACGGAGACGCCGAGGGAGGGGACGUCGGAGCUCUGGGACGUGAUCAACCUCACCGACGACAACCACCCGCUUCACGUCCACCUGGCGCUGUUCGUGGCGCUGGAGCAGAGGUCGCUGCGGGACGUCGACGACCUCAAGGAGUGCAUGAUGGCGCGGGGCAGCGGCGGCGGCGGCGCGGACGCGUGCGGGCUGGAGCGGCACCUCGCCGGCGGGAGGAAGCACGUGGUGCCGAAGCAGGAGCGCGGGUGGAAGAACGUGUUCAAGGUGCGGCCGGGCACGGUGACGAGGCUGCUGGUGCGGUUCCGGCCGCUGUCGCCGCCGGACAGCCGCCGCUUCCCCUUCGACGUCGCCGCCGGCCCCGGCUACGUCUACCACUGCCACAUUCUGGACCACGAAGACAACGAGAUGAUGAGGCCGAUGAAGAUUGUGCGCUAGUACGUGUCCAUAGGAAUUAUGUAUGCACUUCAGUAACAUAAUUUUGUGCCAUACUCCUACAUAGGAUUGGGAUCCUCUGACGUUCUGACGACGUGGUGACUGACAUGUGAGCCCCACCGCUUGUGGGCCCACCUGUCAGUGACCACGUCCGUGUGCAGUUCACGUUAGAGGAUCCGGUUCCUCCUAUAUAUGUGUAUCUACCCACGUGAACAUACACAUGUGCAUUUCAAAGCCAUGUCACCAUCUCAAUUAGACAUUCCAUUUGCAUUUACACGCACGUAUUAGUGUACUACCAUUCUAGAAGUACUACAUUCGUUUUAUAUUAUAAGACUUUCUAGCA